CGACGUUAGUGACACUCCGGCGCACUGUGCCCGCAACUCACUCUUUUACAUGGUCGCUGUCGAGCUGUAACCACGUGCGGUAGUUGUUAUAAUUCAACGUAACGUGUUAACUAAACGAAAUUCAAGAUGCCUUUGGCUGUCGACCUGCUGCAUCCGAGUGCUGAGAAACAACGCCGCUCUCACAAGAAGAAGCGUCUCGUGCAGCACCCCAACAGCUUUUUCAUGGACGUGAAGUGCCCCGGUUGCUACGCUAUCUCUACAAUCUUCUCGCACGCUCAGUCGGCGGUACCCUGCAAGGGAUGCUCAACCAUCCUGUGCACGGCCACCGGCGGCAAGGCGCGACUUACUGAAGGAUGCAGUUUCAGGCGCAAGCAACAUUAAGAAGCAAGAAUGUGUGCUGAUGUUUAUUAUUAUAAUGUAAUUAUGAAUUAAACUGUACGAUCCACGUCGUUUUCUAAAUAAAACAUCAAUGUGAAUGUGCAA